UAACGGCCCGGAAGAGCUGUUCUCCUCUCCUCUCCUCUCCCAGCAUGAGCUCUGGAUGAGCGCUCUGAGCCCGCUUAAGGAAAACAAAAAAUGCCCCCGAAUGGAGCUGUCAAUCAGUGUUUACACACCUAAAUUAAAAAAAAAAAAUUACUUAGGCCAGGUGUCUCCCGAAGGUGCUGAGCGCCCGGCGCGUCGUAGCCCUCGGUCAGGCUCUUGGCGCAGAGAGAUUUCCCCGGCCAGGAAUCGGCAGUUACCGUGGAAACCCCAAGCAGCCGUGCUCCCGGCGAGGAAAUAAAAACGGGCCUUUUUCCCAGCCUGGUUUGUUUUCAUUUGCGUUGCUUUGGCCAUUCGUACCCCAAAACGCAUUGAAAGAGGCUUCCAGCCGACGCGUACCCUGCAAAGAGUUGGCCGGCGGCUGAGAGGCCGGGGCUGGAGUGGCGAAGGCGUCGGUGGCUUGUGAGCUCGUGAGGUGACGGCCAGCGUCAAAGAGUGAUGAAAAUACCUCCGCUCUGCGCCGGCCGUUUGGGAAAAAUCCUGCCUCUCUGAGGCGCUCCGAGAGAAACGCCGCGGUCGGACGGCUUGCGUUGCCUGCGUGCUUUUGCCAUCUCUCGUUCGUGGAGGCACUGCAGAGCCCGAAGGCGAACGAAGCGGGUGAAAGCGGUAAAGGCCCUGGCAACGUGGUGGGAAGGCUGUUUUCAGGACGGCAGACUCGUACCAUGUUUUCACCUGGAAGCCUGACCUAGGCUGCAGCCCCUGCCGUGUGCCCAGCCCUUGCUUGGACGUGGCUGAGGCUCAAGUCCAGGCUCUCCGGGAGGCGCUUGGUGUGGGAGGCAAGGGAUUCCUCGGCUGGUGCUGGUCUGCAAGAGCGUUUGGCUGAAGGAGCUCAGGAAGAAGGAACUCAAGGAUUUAUUCACUAAACUGGACAAGGAUGGCAGAGUGAGCACUGAGGAGUUCCAGAUUGGCUUUUUCAGCCAUGCAACGCUCUCUUCCCGGGGUACACCAACGCCUCUCAAGCAGCCAAGGCUGUUAGCGCUUGACGAGAUGAGUUUAAAGGAAGAAGGCUUUCCUUUAAAAUUAAAGAUCCUGGUUCAAGGCCUUGAUCUGCAGUUGCUUGGAGGUGAUUUCCAUUAAUUAUCAGGAUCCACAAGUUAUUGCCAGCUCCUUAUGCAGGACAGUGUGUAAGGGCAGUGUGACACAAACGUCCUGCAGAGAAUCCAGACAGAAAUCCAGCUGUCAUGCCUGGGAAGGUUUCUCUGUCCUUUUCCCCCCCAAAAAGGAGGCUGAACAAUGGGGCUCUGCUGAGAGUGAUUCAGGCCAAGAUGUUUCGUUUCACGAGGGGCUGAUUUAAGAGCCGCUAAUGGAGGUGACUUGGGCACCUGAGGGCAGUGAUUUGGGGACAGUUUUCCACUUGCCGGGCAGUUGCUGGGGAUGGUCUGGACUUCACCGCUGUACGGCAUUUGUUGGAUGGGCAGGGAAGCAGCUUGUCCUUCCCGCUAAGCUGUGUGGGCCCACACCUCUGCUCCAGCAACGGCACUGGAUUUGCCAAGUCUGAGCUUGUCGCUGCUGUUUGGCCCCAGGAAGUGGUGCAGAGCCAAGGAGAUCCUCAGGGUCUCUAGUGCUGCCUUGUCUGGCGGCAGUGAGUGAAGCAAGCACAAGGCCUUCCAGCAAGCACCUGUCUGGGGAAGAAGGAGCGCUUGCAGGCAGAGCCUCAGUGGCAGCACAGAGGAGUGGGUGAGCCUGCCAGAGCUGGCGAAGGCCUUGGACGACGCGCUCAUGGUCCCUAGGAGCGGGCUUCAGCAUGCAGCUCUUUCCUCCUACGAAUGCAAACUGCGGUGCCUCAGGAUGCGGGUGAGGCAGAUCUCCAGGGAGAGGGACAAGGCAAGGCUGGACUUGGAGGAAGCAGAGAGACGCUACCUGCAGCUCAUGGGGGAGGUGAAUGAGCACUAUGCUGCUCACAAAUACAGCCAGGGCAGGCUCAGGGACAUUCAGACUGAAAUGCAGGCAAAAGACCUGCUUUUGCAGCAAGUGACCAACCGUCAAGCCAAGCUGGAGGCUGAUGCACAGUUCCUCCAGGGCAAAGAGGCCAGCCUGCGAGGAAGACUGAACCUCACAAUGGAGGAGAACACACAGUUGCAAAACAAGGUCACGGAGAUGGCUGAAAAGCUGGUGGCCUCUGAAAAGCUGGUGUUGGAGCUGCAGAAAGAGCUGAAGCUCAUUUUGAAGGACAAGCUAGGCCAGGUGGAGCCCCACAGCACAGAGGUCCUGACCCAGGACGAGCGCUUUGCAGAGAUCAUCCUGGAAUACGAGCGGCAAUGCCAGAGAGUCAAGGUGCUGUGGGACCAGAACGACACGCUGCGGAGGGAGCUGGAAAGGCUGCAUCUCCAGCUACGUGAGAGCAGGGCCCAAGCACGCUGCCAGGAGAGCAGGGCUGAGCGAACGCUGCCAGCUGGAGCCCGCCUCUCUCCCAGCCCUCCGGUUCCCAGUUCUGCGUGCACAGAGACGGUGCUCACAACGGAGCAGCUCCAAGACCAGCUGCAGGACCUGAAGGUGCAGCUGGAAACCAAGGUAAACUACUACAAGCAGAAAAUUGAGUUGAUGAAGAAGAGCUUUGAGAGGAAGAGGAAGGAUAGUGAGGAAAAGUUCAAGGCUGAGAUGAGCAAGGUGGAGGAGCAGAAAAGAGACCUGAAAGAAAGAGUGGCAAAAUAUUGGGCUAUAAUUGAUGGCCUGAAAAAGCAAAAGUGUGUGUGGAGCCCAGAGCUGGAGGAGAGGUUUGAGAUGGAGCGGGCCAAGGUGGAACAGCAACGCACCGAAGACAUUUGUCAUCUGGGGCAGCGGCUGGCUCAGGAAGGAGAAGAGCUGACGAUGCAGCGCGGGGACAGAUCGAGGCUAAGGGGAGAGCUGUGCCGGCUGCUGGAGCGGAGCAGCUUGCAGGAAGAUCAAGUUAGGAGACUCCAGCAAGAGCCAAGGGUGGCGGAGGAGAAGAGCAGCGAGCCCGAACUGAAACCUGAAAUGCUACAGGGUCUCUUUGGGAGCAGCCCAGAGGGGCGCAGCGACCUCCGUCAGGCAGGGAAGCACAGGAGUGAGAUGCGCAGAGAGAAGGUGCAGCAUCUGUCUGAAACAGAAGAGUUAAUUGAGUCGAGCGAGAAGAGCAAGGGGGAGAUCUCCCAUCUGAACUCCAAGAUGUGUCAGCCAAGCCAUGAGCUUUGUGACCACGAAGCCGGCCACAGCACUGGCCAUGACCCCGUCCAGCGGCCGAGCCAGAGGCUACGAGUGGAGACGGCCGCGAGGGUGGAGCAGGAGCACUUCCAGCAGCAGGCAGCGUGUCGGAUGGAGAUGGAGCUGCUCCGGCAGCAGCUCAGGGCCUUCCAGGAGAAGGCCGGGCGGGUGGAGGAGAUGGAGGCCGCGCUGAGGCAGCUCACACAGGAGUGCCAGGCGUUGCGGUUCGCCACGGCCCGGCUGAGAGAGGAGCUGGAGGAGCGGCAGGACCAGCUCUUAGAAGCCAAAGCAAGCCUGAGCCUGGCCCAGACUCAGCAUGUGCUGCAGCUGCAGCAGGCGAAGGCCCAGAUGCACGACAUGGUGCCAAAGAGCCAGUACGAGCAGCUGCAAACCAGCUUGAGAGAGGAACAGCGCAAGGCUCAGUGGCUCCAGGAAAACCUCCGCCGCCAGGCUGAGCAGGCAGGCAGGCAGCUGGCCAGGACCCAGGAGGGACACGAGCAGCUGCUGCAAGCGGCAGCAGAGCGGGCAGAGGGGCUGGAGCGUGACCUGAGGAGCGCCGAAGCAGCGCUGGUGGAGAAAGCGGCUCGGCUCAAGGACGUGGAGGCCCAGCUCUCCGGGAACGCCAGGAGCAGAUUGCUGAUCGAGGACCUGCACGAGGGGAACAGAGAGCUCGCAAAGGCGCUGCGGGUGGCCGAGCUGAAGCAGAAGUGCACCGAGGAGAGGAACCAGUCCUUGGAGGAGCAGGUCUCAGCCCUGAAGCAGCUCAUCGGAGAAAUCACACCAGCAUCUCUGAGCGGGUGACUGGGCACCCGCUGCGGCAGCUCUGCCCCUGCUCCCGGCAGGGAUCUGUCAGCUCCUCUUGGGCUCUGGGAGACCCCGGCCUUCCUAAAGCCUGAACCUAGGAGCCAAAACAACCUCUUGCCGGAUCGUUGCCUCUGCGGUGAGCAGGACAGAGCAGCCGAGGGACGAGCCCUCCUUCAGUUCGAGCAUCCAAGGCUCGAGGCAGGGCCGUUUCUCCCUGCUCGGCACCGCGCUCCGGCGAGCCCUCCUUACUGCGCCUCCUCCGAGGAGGCUGGGAAACGUGGCCUCUGGUGGGAGA